GGAUGCCUCUCAACUCUCAUUGUUAGCCAGCCAGUGAAUUUUAAAAAGGAACCAAAGACCUUGCCCAUUCUUUUUCUUUUCUUCUCCCUCGCCCUCCACUAUUAAUUCAUCUUCUCCUCCACCCCACCAUCCGCAGUAAAAAAAAAUUCCAACAAAAUGUUCAAAUUCUCUCUUCUUUUUGUUUCCCUCUGUCUCCCUGCUCUUGUCUCCGGCGGGCGGGAGUCAUGCACGUGUCACUCCGAUGCCGCCGCCGAGCACAACGCCGCACAGGAAGCGAUCAAGUACAAGCUGGGGUCGAUUGCUUCGGUGUUGGCGGCCGGAGCUGCAGGGGUGAGCCUUCCUUUGGUGGGCAAGAGGAUUCCGUCUCUGAGGCCUGAAAAGGACAUUUUUUUCAUGAUCAAGGCCUUUGCUGCAGGGGUCAUUUUAGGCACUGGGUUCGUCCACAUACUCCCCGACGCCUUCCAAGACUUAACCUCCCCCUGCAUCGGACAAAAUCCUUGGGCCCACUUCCCUGUCGCCGGGUUCAUUGCAAUGGCCUCCUCCAUCGGCACCUUGAUGGUCGACACAUUUGCAACAACCUUUUACCACAGACGCCACUUCAGUAAACCCAAGCAGGUACUUGCAGACCAGGAAACAGCCGAGGAGCAUGCCGGUCACGUGCAUGUUCACACCCACGCCACACAUGGCCACGCUCACGGCUCCACCGCCGCCGCCGUACCCGCAGAAGAUUUGAGUCUCACAGAGUUAAUCCGGUACCGGAUUAUAUCUCAGGUGUUGGAAUUGGGAAUUGUGAUUCAUUCAGUAAUAAUUGGUAUAUCUCUUGGUACCUCCCAGAGCCCUGCUACCAUUAAGCCGCUGCUGAUAGCUCUGUCUUUCCACCAGUUUUUUGAGGGCAUGGGCCUCGGUGGCUGCAUAUCCCAGGCACAAUUUAGGUGGCGAUCAGCGGCAGCAAUGGCGACAUUUUUCUCGGUGACAGCGCCGGUGGGAAUUGCAGUGGGAAUCGGAAUCACGGGAGUUUACAGAGACGACAGCCGGAGGGGUCUGAUCGUGGAGGGAAGCAUGAACUCGGCAUCGGCGGGGAUAUUGAUAUACAUGGCGCUCGUGGACCUUCUUGCUGCAGAUUUCAUGAACCCGAGGCUGCAAAACAAUUUGGGGCUUCAGUUAGGAGCUAAUAUCUCUUUGCUUCUCGGGGCUGCUUGCAUGUCUGUAUUGGCCAAAUGGGCUUGAUCCAAAUUUCUCACCAUUUUUUUCCCCAUCAAAAACCACAUGUGGGCCAUUAGCCAUCAACAAAGAGCGACACUACCCGCUUCCCUUUUAGUAGCUAGCCACUCUUGAAUCAAUCAAUUUUAUGUUUUAUUUCA